AUCAUUUUAUUCUUAAGAGGCUGCAAAGAGCUGGGACUUAAAGAAUCACAGCUUUUUGAUCCUGGUGAUCUGCAAGACACAUCAAACAGAGUAACCAUCAAAAACACCAACUAUAGUCGGAAGCUGAAAAAUGUAUUAGUCACCAUUUAUUGGCUAGGGAAAGCGGCAAACAGCUGCACAUCGUAUAGCGGAUCAACCCUGAACCUGAAGGAGUUUGAAGGUUUGCUGGCACAAAUGAGAAAGGAGACAGAGGAUAUUGAGAGCCCAAAGCGCAGCAUUCGUGACAGCGGCUACAUAGACUGCUGGGACUCCGAACGCAGUGAUUCCCUCUCCCCGCCUCAUCACGGCAGAGAUGAUUCCUUUGACAGCCUGGACUCCUUUGGCUCCCGCUCGCAGCAGACACCGUCUCCAGAUGUAGUGCUCAGGGGGAGCAGUGAUGGGAGAGGAAGUGACUCGGAAACUGACCUGCCACACAGAAGGAUGCCAGAUGUGAAAAAAGAUGAUAUGUUGGCGAGACGGACCUCACACGGUGAACCUAAAUCAGCUGUGCCUUUUAACCAGUACCUCCCUAACAAGAGUAAUCAGACUUUCUAUGUACCUGCUCCACUUCGGAAAAAGAAAACUGAACGAGAAGAGUACCGAAAGAGCUGGAGCAUGGCGACCUCGCCACUAGGAGACAAACCUUCCAGAUUCGGCCCCAGAACUGCUGUGUCUGAUGACGCAGAGAGUAUGAGCAUGUUUGACAUGAGAUGUGAAGAAGAAGCUGUGACUCAGCCUCAUAGCAAAGCUCGGCAUGAGAAGCUACAGAACAUAAAUAACCAGCUGAAAGAGGACGAGACCAGAUGGCAAGAUGACCUGGCUCGGUGGAAGAGUCGUCGAAGAAGUGCUUCACAGGAUUUAAUAAAAAAAGAAGCUGAGAGAAAGAAAAUGGAAAGGUUACUCUCUGGAGACGGAACAAAUGAGCGCAGAAAAAGCAUCAAAACCUACCGAGAAAUUGUGGAAGAGAAAGAGAGAAGAGAGCGGGAGCUUCAUGAGGCAUACAAGAAUGCGAAGUCACAGGAGGAGGCUGAGAGCAUCCUCCAGCAGUAUAUCGAAAGAUUCACUAUCAGUGAAGCUGUCCUUGAGCGUUUGCAGAUGCCAAAAAUUCUGGAAAGAAGCCAUUCAGUGGAGCCAAGUUCCCCACUGAAAGACCCAAAUCCGCUGCGAUACUUAAGGCAACAGUCGCUGCCUGCUCCAAAAUUCACUGCCACCAUUGAAGCAACCAUUGUUCCCACUGCUGAACUAGAGCCCAGCGAUUCAACAGGCCGCACAUCUCCCAGCAAAAGUGUUGUCUCCAAGGCUGUGCCUAUGCUGACACCCAAGCCUUACUCACAACCCAAAAAUACACAGGAAGUUUUAAAGAACUUUAAGGUAGAUGGAAAAGUCAGCUUGAAUGGAGAAAAUUUCACCAGUGUGGAAGAGAAGGAUAAAGAGUGUACUACAGUGAUAUUUACUCCUUCGCCAAGCAGAUCUCUGAAAUUUGACGGAGUAGCCAGAGGGGACAGGCCCCCACUAGAGUUGAAGAAGGACCCUACAAGUGUUGAGCUCAGUUUACAGAGGUCUGCCACUCAGAGUGUGCGCAAAGAGCCUACAGCCUCACCAGUGGAAGCAGAUGUGGCCACCAGCCAGCAGGUCGAGGCCAGCCAUGGCAGUGUGGGAGCUGCGAGCUUCACAUGCCCGUCCCCAGGUUCAGAUCAAAAGCAAUUAAAGUCAACUGCAGCUUGUGCCAGCCCUGUUGUGAAGAGAUUAGAAUUUCUUCCCAGUCCUACCCCUUCAGAGGAAGCUGCUUCAAAUGAGAAAGAUGUGAAGAAACCUGAAAUGGAGCAGCAGAAGGAAGCAGAGCACCCCACUAUACCAGAGGUGAUGAAACCAAAAGCCCUGGAGCCAGAGGGAAGUGUAGUAUUGCCAUUUUUAAAGAAACUAGCCGAGGCCAGCCAAGUUACUCUGCAGAAUUCUAGUCUACAAGCUGAUUCUUAUAGUGGUGACAAAUCAAAUGUGAGUACCAAGCGUUUCAAUUUCUGGUCCUGGGAUCCAGAAGAAGAGCGAAAACGCCAGGAAAGGUGGCAGCAUGAGCAAGAACGCUUGCUUCAGGAGAAGUAUCAGAAGGAGCAGGACAAGCUGAAAGAGGAAUGGGAAAAGGCCCAGAGAGAAGUUGAAGAGGAGGAGCGUAGAUACUAUGAGGAGGAACGUAAGAUAAUUGAGGAUACUGUAGUUCCAUUCAUUGUUUCUUCAAACUCUGCUGACCUACUCUCCUCUUCUUCCUCUACCACUGAAGGAAGCAAGACAGUGGACACAAAUGAUUCAAACAGCUCUCCAGAGGAAGGCAAACAAAAGAAAGUUACAAAGCAGAAGAAGUUGCUGUGGGAGCAGGACAGUAUGCCAUCUCUGAAAAGCAAGGAAAAUGAACUCUGGCAAGAAAAGAGGAGUGGAAAUAAAGUGCUCCCAGGACACCCAGAGAUGGUUAUCUUGAAAGGAGGUGGACAGGAGCCCCAAGUGCUGGUGAUGGGGCGCAGCUCGCCUGCCAGGCUGAAUCUGCCGUUGACUCAGGACAUCUCCUGGAAUCAGCUGACAAAGCAGUGCCCACAUCGUGCAGAGGACAUUUGCCAGAGUGUGGGCCAACAGCCGAGCUCCACGGAAGAAAUGAGAAGGGCAGGCUAUCAUGAGAACUUCCGGUCUGGGCCAUCGUCUCCCUGCUCUCCUGCUGCUCUGAGUCAGUCACCCAACAGGUCUGUCAGCGGAAAGAAGCUUUGUUCUACCUGUGGGCUUCCUCUUGGAAAAGGAGCUGCCAUGAUUAUUGAAACACUUGGUCUUUAUUUCCAUAUUCAGUGCUUCAGGUGUGGCAUUUGCAAGGGACAGCUGGGAGAUGCAGCAAGUGGGACAGAUGUCAGGAUUAGAAAUGGUCUUCUUAACUGCAACGAUUGUUAUAUCCGAUCCAGAACUGCUGGACAGCCAACUACAUUGUGACAUGACUUUCAGUCCUCAUAACUUUCAAGAAGGAACUCUCUCCUCGUAUGUAUUGGCUGCUUCCAGACAAUCACUUGUAAGAGCUUGAAUCCAUGGACAUCAUGGCUCUCAUCUCAUUUUGAAAUACACAUAAAAACGUUGCACCUGGUCCUUUAAAAUGCAAUAUGUUGGUUUUUUCCCUUUCUGAAGAAAUUUGCAAAAUAAGUGUGACCAUGUUUGGGAAGGCAAAGCCUAGGUACUAUAAAAAAAAAAUCCCACCUUUCAGGUAUGCUUAAGAUUUUCAGUCUGUUACCUUGUUCUUUGGAAAGUAAUAAGAAAAUAAACAUGCAGUAAAGCUGUUUUGUUUUAAUAUUUCUAGGAAUUAAAAAGUUGAAGUUUACAGAACCUUUAUAGAAUAUGCCAACUUGAGCUGAGAAGUAAUUUUAAGAUAGUAUCUAAUCAGUGCAUUUUAAAAACUAAACAUCACAGCACAACUUCUCUGUUAUAACUGAAGCUAUAACUUUUUUAUACAGAGACUAGUUUGGUAAUACAUCCUGUAAUUCUGAAGCAUUUUGUGUUUAUAU